GUGAAUUUCGUGGGUGAAUUUUCGUUAUUGUGUUUAUAAUUAGUUCAAUGCGCCAUGUUUCCGAAUACAAUGUGCGGGGUUUUCCUUUCGUGUUUACAGUUUGCUAUACUAAAUAGUUUGUAUAGUGAGGUGAUUUUAAAGCCUAAACAGGUGAUUUGCCUAGAAAAAAUCUUUUUGAAUUUGGAUAUUAUCGCCAUCCUGCCGACUGGGUACGGUAAAUCGUUGAUUUUUUGCCUAAUUCCUGCGUUGUUGUUUGCGAAGAAGAACGGUGUCAAAUGCCCUGGAGGAAGCAUAUCAUCUAUUGUGAUCGUUGUUUCGCCUUUGAAUGCGCUAAUAGAAAACCAAAUUUCACGGUUAAGUUCUAGUGGAAUUCGAGCGUCUGCUUUGGGGGUAAAAAGCACGACGAAAGAUGAUGUUGACGACAGCGAAGAGUCGAUUUGUGAUUUUAGCCUGAUCGACAGAGAAAAGUUAGAGGCCGGAUACUACAACAUUGUGUUUGCGCAUCCUGAAUCUUUUGUAUCGUGUACGUAUGGAAGAAAAUUGAUGCACACAACCCCCUACCAAGAAAACGUUUGUGCCAUUGUGGUGGAUGAAGCUCACUGUAUUUUAAAUUGGGGUAAAGAUUUCAGAGUUGACUAUAGCAACUUAGCAGUGUUAUGUGCUACAUUUGCAAAUGUACCUGUCAUGGCCAUGACAGCCACAGCUACCAAAAGAGACAGGGAAGAAAUUAAAAACUCUUUGGACAUAAAGGACUGCAGUGAAGUAGUUGGCAAUCCUGAUCGCAGAAACAUAAUGUAUGAGAAACAUUUUAGAGUUGGUUCUGAUAUAGAUUCUCUCACAAGUAUUCUUACUCCCAUGGCACAAGGCUUGCUGGAGAAAAAUAUAUGUUACCCCUUGACUAUCAUAUACAUUCCACUAAGAUGGUGUGGGUUUGCAUACAAGAUUUUUGAAUCUGUUUUGGGUAUUAAUCAAUAUCACCCGAAAGGAUCUAGGCAAACACCAGAGAACAGAUUGUUUGCCCAAUUCCACUCACCUCAGACAACAGAAAUGAAAGAUAUGAUCCUAAAACAGUUGUGCUCUUCCCAAAGUACUGUUAGAGUCAUAUUUGCCACAGUAGCCCUGGGUAUGGGUAUUGAUAUUAGAGGUAUACGAUGUAUUGUUCACAUCACCCCACCAUAUACCAUCCAAGCAUACUUCCAGGAAACUGGUAGAGCGGGGAGGGAUGGACAACCUGCAACUGCUGUGCUGUACUACAACAAUCGGGAUAUAGCAAAAAACAAGCCUGGAAUGCAAGAAGCUGUCAGACGUUUUUGCAAAACUAAAGGUGAAUGCCUUAGGCAUGUUUUGCUGUCUUUAUUGGACACAGACAAAAAGUAUUUCCCACUUGUUACACCUAAACAUCUUUGCUGUGAUGUUGGUAUGUUAGAGUGUGAAUGCAGCUCUUGCAUGAAAUAGUUUUUUUACUCUAGAAACACUUUUCUUGAAACUGUUCUUGGUUAAUGAAAACAUUGAAAACUGUUCUUGGUUAAUGAAAACAAGAUUGAACAAAGUUAUACUGCACUUUUCAUAAAACUGUUAUCAACAACUUUUGUAAUAAUAACCUUUUAUAAGUUCAAUCCUUUUUG